GUUGUAGGGGAUCACCAACCACCAUGACGGCAGUCCUUUCCCUUGUGUCCCCGCGCCACUUGUACCUUGCCAAGCAAGCGGCGCAAAUCAUCGGUUUGCUCGUGCUGGCCAAGAUCGGCCUCACUCUACUCUCUGGCUUCUACGCGUUCUUCCUUCGUGGCGGCAAGAAGCUCACCAAGUACGGCAAGUGGGCAAUUGUCACGGGGGCUACGGACGGCAUCGGCAAGGCGACUGCGUUGGAGCUGGCUCGCAAGGGCAUGAACAUUGUCUUGAUCAGCCGCACGCAAUCCAAGUUGGAUGAAGUCGCAACUGAAAUCACAACCAAGUACAACACUGUCUCUGUCAAGACUGUGUCCGUGGACUACUCCAAGCUGACAGACGCGUCGAUCGCAGCUAUUCGAAAGGUUAUCGCCGACGUCGGCGAUGUCGGUGUGCUCGUCAACAAUGUCGGCCAGUCCUACGACUUCCCCCAGUACUUCCACGAUCUCUCGGAUGAAAACGUCGCGAGUCUCGUCAACAUGAACGUCAACUCAACUUUUAUCAUGUCAAAGCUGGUUCUGCCUGGCAUGGUCGAGCGCAAGCGUGGAGCGAUCGUCAACUGCAGCUCCGGCUCGGCCCGCAUUGCGUGCCCCUUGUUGAGCGAAUACAGCGCCGUGAAGAAGUGCAUUGAACAAUACACGCUGGGCUUGGCGGGCGAAUACGCGGCCAAAAACAUCUCCAUCCAGUGCCACACUCCUAUGUUCGUCACGUCCAAGUUGUCGAAGAUCCGCCACGCUAGCUUCUCUGUGCCUAGCCCCACCACCUACGCCAAGGCGGCGGUGGCUAAUAUUGGUUAUGAGACGGUUGUUUCCCCGUACUGGCCCCAUGCUUUGCAAAUUUGGCUUUACGAAUCAAUCCCCAACUUUAUCGUCAGCAAGGUUGCCUUGUCGUCCCAUUUGGGUUUGCGUAAGCGCGCCUUGAAGAAGCUCGAACAAAAGAAGGAUUAACUGUCAAUGCAGACGACCUCGUGCCAUUUACAAUCC